GUAAAAGUUGUUUGGGGUAAUUAUUUUAUAUUUUGAAAGAAGAAGAAUGGUGUGAUUUGAUUGCAGAGUUUGAGAAGGAAGAAAAUGAGGAAGAGAAGAGUAAUUAGGGUUUAUGUUGGGAGAGAAAGAGGGUUGGCGGCGAAGGGGAAAUUAAAUGUGAAUGGAAUGGAAAGGUUUGGAGAGAAGAUUUUCGAGAGAAAGGAAGUAAAGUGGUAGCGUAUGAUUCGCGAAGAGGGUUUUUUUUUAUCUGCAGCUGCGUGCGUGUGCUGGGAUUGGCGGAAUUUGCCUACUUGCCUUUCCCUUGGUUUUAUCUCUGAUCACAACUGAAAAAGAAGAACGCACACAACAACCACGGCCAUCCAAUUUUGCUGUUAUCCAAAUGCCAAUAGCCAUUAAAAAGACCUUUAUUCUAGAAGAAAAAAGCUAUGGAGGUGAAACAAGUUAGAAUUAUUGUUGAAGAUAUCGGAUGGUAAGACCAACGCUCAGAAGAAUUCAUUUAAAAUUUAUUUAAAGGAGGCUCUAAGUUGGCAAUAAACGUAGUUUGCCAAAACAAGGAAAAAUCCAACAUAUUUGGUAAAUAAAGUCCAAAAUAUUUUAAAGCCCCUACUAGGCUGUCCCCAACUAUUUAUAACAUUCAUGAGCCAUCCAGGAGGACCAGGAUUUCCUUCUGAUCACUAUCUGCCACUGCAUUGCGUACUUUGUUUGUCCCUCACAAUUGUAGGAGAAGACCCAUAUGAUUCUUCCAAUUUAUUUCCUAUCUGAAAUCUUUUGAGCAAAGUUCAUACCUAGCCACACAUAGAUAGGCCGUUCCUCUUUAAAGUAAGAAGAAUGGAAUUAGAUAAACUCAGUAAGCUCGAACAACCUACUCUCCCUAGCGCAUACAUCCGUAGCCUAGUGAAACAACUAACCACCUCAGGAACAAAAGGCUCCAUGAAUGCAAAAGGCCAAAGUUUUGUUGUGAACGGUGGGGUUUCCCAUGGUCAUAAUUCAAAACAUGGGAAAGUUGCAGAUGCUCGUCGAGCACAGCAGUCCAUGCAACCUCAACAACAUAAAAAACAAGUUAGGAGGAGACUCCACACCAGUAGGCCUUAUCAAGAAAGGCUUUUGAACAUGGCAGAGGCUCGGAGGGAGAUUGUUACUGCCUUGAAAUUUCACAGGGCAGCUAUGAAAGAAGCAGGUGAACAGAAGCAGCAACAGCAUCAGACCCAAGAACAGCAGAGAAGGCCAUCAGUAUCCCUCCAGCCAUCCCAGUGUCUAACUUUUGACCGAGAUGGAAAAUUUAAGUCCAGGCGAAAUCCAAGAAUUUAUCCUGCAUGCACAUCCAAUUUUUCAGGCUACACGGAUGGUUUAUCCUAUUCAUGCUUAUCCCAACCUCCUCCUUCGGUUCCAAACUCUUACACCUGGCCUGCUGCUUCCCCAAUCAUUCCACCGCACCUUAUGACUGAAAACCCCAAUUUCAUACUUCCAAAUCAGACUUUAGGAUUGAAUCUCAACUUUCAAGGUUUCAACAACUUAGAUGCUACCUUUCUCUUCAAUAACUCGUCAUCAUCGUCUAACUCAUCUGCAACCUCAUCUUCUCCAGAGGAACUUCCUUCCCUUGGAAUAUCACAGGGAGAGGGGUUAUAUUCAAUGGGGGAUACGGUUGAAUCCAAUGCUGCAACACAGGUAAAUGGAGGCUUACACACAGCCGUGGACGAUGAGGGUAUGGCAGAGAUCAGAUCGUUGGGAGAGCAAUAUCAAAUGGAAUGGAAUGACACCAUGAAUUUGGUCAAAUCAGCUUGUUGGUUCAAGUUCUUGAAAAACAUAGAACAUAGGGCACCUGAAGACAAGAACGAAUACGACACAAACCAUAAUUUUGACCAACUUUUGGAGUUUCCAGCUUGGUUGAAUGCAAACGAGAGCUGCUUAGAGCAGUGCUCGGUGGAUUAUUUUCAGGAUUCUUCCUUGCCUCGUUCUCUUCUCAUCUUUAGCCAAACUCGAGUAGCUGGGAGGGCUUUACAGCCCUAUGUACCUUCAAAUGGUAUAGAAUUGUACCCCUUAAAGGCAAUCUUCUCUGUAUCUUAGUGUACGAUUUUCUCGGUCAUGCAGACGCUAUCAGGUUUAUGCAUGGAUAUUGCAGAUUUUGACAGUAUGGACGACGAUUGGUUAGCGUGACACUACAAGGAUUAGUUGUUUUCAUUUGAUGCUCCCAAUUUCAUAUUUCUUUCCUCGGCCCCAUUUCACUGCUUUAUUUUUGGAUAGCAAAUAAAGCUUGCAAAAUAUCUGUUGAGCCAGGUACCAUCAAUUUGAUUGAUGAACAUUUAUACACCUUUUGCUAUUAUAUCACUAUGUAUUUUGAUAUUGAACAACAUCAUCA